AUGUUGGGGACGAUGAUGUACCCGGGCACAGAAGAUGCCGAGCUCGAAGACAUGCGAGUGCCGCCAAUACAACUUGAACAUUUACCUGAAGUAUUCUUAUCUAGUAUCCCGAAAUGCGGAGGUUGUCACGAGAUGAUAGUGGACCGCUACGUACUGAAGGUUUCCGACCGGACCUGGCACGCAGGUUGUUUGAGAUGUGUGGAAUGUCGAGCCAUGCUCUCCGGAAAAUGCUUUGCAAGAAAUAAUCAACUUUAUUGUACAGAUGACUUUUUCAAGCGGUUCGGUACGAAGUGUGCGGGCUGCGGGCAGGGCAUCCCGCCUACACAGGUAGUACGACGUGCGCAGUCACAUGUUUAUCAUCUAAGAUGCUUUGCGUGUGCUGCCUGUGCUCGGACACUCAACACUGGUGAUGAGUUCUAUCUCAUGGAAGAUGGAAAGCUUGUAUGUAAACCGGACUAUGAAGCAGCGAGAGCAAAAGGCGGUGAAGGUUCCUUGGACGGCGAUGCAGCCAGUAAAAGACCGCGGACGACCAUCACAGCCAAACAACUGGAAACCCUGAAAAAUGCAUACAGCAGCAGUCCGAAACCGGCACGUCACGUCAGAGAGCAACUCGCCCACGACACGGGACUCGACAUGCGCGUUGUUCAAGUGUGGUUUCAAAACAGACGAGCGAAAGAAAAGCGGUUAAAAAAGGACGCAGGUCGUACAAGGUGGUCACAAUACUUCAGAUCGAUGAAGAGUGGUGGAGGCUCUCCUAGACACGAUCGACUGCUUGACAAGGAUGAACUCAAAAUUGAUUUGGAUUCCUUCAGUCAUCACGAGUUGAGCAACGACAGCUACAGUACGGUGGCUCUGGGUGGUGAGGAAGGUUCACCGGCGGGCGGCGGCACGGCUGCGGGCGGCGCUCGGUACGCGGCCACACCGCCCUAUCUGCGUGCGCAUUCACCUCCCCACCCGCAUUACCACUACCCACCCGAUCACCUCGUCUACACCAACAUCGGCCAAGCAAUGAGCGGAGCAGGAAUCGGAGGAGCCGGUGGUGCAGGAGGAGCGUCAGAUCUAAGUAGUUCAUCAUCUCCAGCAGCGGGAGGGUACCCUGACUUUCCUCCUUCACCAGACUCGUGGUUAGGAGAGGCACACCAUUACUCCCCGAGAGCUUUCCCCUAG